CGAUGUACCCGCGUCAACGCGAGCCACGUUGGGCCUAAUCUGCAUCUCUUGGGUGCAAAGGUGACGCAUAUCGUUCGGAGGACACGAGGACCGGCUACAUACCCAGGCAACGAACCUCCAGCAUCAUCCGCAUCAUCAUCAUCAAGCGAUCUCCUUCUUCGCACCCACAGGACAACCUGUAUACAUGUCCAAGUUCCCGCUGCCGCCCGACUACUUUCGUUGUCCGGCGCUGUCUGCCGAUGAAAUCACUCGGUUGCAAGCUCUGGGAGAACGCACUUCCACCGACAUGGUGCAUGCGUCCCGCCUGCAAGGUGGAUCCAUCACGUGGACACUUGCGUCCGACAUCGACGGCCUGCAGCUGUAUUCUGGCAACGACCCGUCCGCGCCUCGCGGCGUGACGUCGUACGUCGGCGUGACAGAAGUGAUGGGGACGUUGGACGAAGUCGCGGCGCUGUUCAAGACUGACACCGCGGAAGGGUACCACGAGUACCUGCGCAUGUUCGGGACCGACCACCUGGACGGCCAGACGCUGUACACCCUCGCAACCGAGUCCACGGAUCGGCCACGUCACCACCUGAGUCUCCAGUGGUCCGCCAGCGCCAUGCCCGGGCUCGCCAACCCGCGUGACUGGUGCUUCCUUGAGAGCCAGCACGACUUUACGACCGACCACGGGCGUCCAGGGUGGGUGCGCGCGUUCAAAUCGGUCAAGUUAACAUGCUGCCCGGACCUGCAGACCACCUUCAACGUCGUGCGCGGCGAGUACCACCGGUCGGGGUACAUCAUCAUGGAGAGUCCGACUCGACGGGGUGCGUUGGUGGCCAUGGCGCUGCACCAAAUCGACUGGAAGGGCAGCAUCCCGUCGUUCGUGACAGCGUCGGCGGUGCGGAGGCGGUGCCGCGCCGUGGCGGAUCUGGACACCCACCUCCGAUCGCGGCGACUCCGCGGCCUCCCGUUCCUUCCCAUGCAUCGCCUCGUGCCAUUUGCCCUUCGCGUCAAGUGCUUUGUCUGUUGUGCCCGGUUCGGAGUGUUUGGUUAUAGCAAGGAAAGCUGCCGCCAGUGCGGCGAAGUCGUGUGUCGGACAUGCUCGCGGCAGUGGGACGUUGGCACGCACCUCGACAAGCUCCAAGUCCGCAUCUGUGCCGCGUGUACUAGUAGUAGUAGUAGUACUAGUACUAGUACUAGUACUCCUACUACUGGCGCCGCCCCUGCCACGACGACGAGUGCGUUGUGUCCUGGUAUAACUGCUGCGUCCAACCAUGCGAGAGGAGGGCGACUGUCGAGCAAGGAGAUGACGGUAGUGCCGACAGGCUACCGCUUCGGGCCGCCCCAGCAUCCUCCGCCUUCGACGCCAAUCUCACAAUCGCAGCAGCACCUGAUUUACUUUCCCCUGACUCCAAGUGCCCGAUCCAGGACACGCCAUGCUAGGGAAAAAUCCUUCCCUGCCCCUCGUGGCUUGACGUCCGAGAAGCUGCCCGCGCCACCUCGAUCGACGAGGGCGAGGGAAAAACCCCAAAUGUUCCAGGACUGGGACGAUGCCAUAGCAGCGCGGCAGCCGCGGUCCACGAAGGCGCGGUCCAAGCCGCAACUGCAUGAUGUCCUGGACGGCCAUCCCCACCGCUCCACCAAGACCCCGACAUCGUCGCGACAGCAACAGGCGGUGCCGAGAAACUGGGACGAGUAUGAGGAAGAGAGAGGGUCGAUUGGGAAAAAAUCCCACUUGGAAGAGGACGAUCGAGGAAAUAUCCCGGCGACGCGAGCCUUGGUACGCGUGCAGUCCACGCCCACGACCCGGUCGCGUACGACAACCACCACCCCACGAGGAAAUUUCCCCCCUUCGAACGCACAUUUCCCAGGGAAUACUCCCACCAACGGACAAAGCAACAAUCCGUACUUCACUCCCCGUACGAACCUGUCGCGCCAGUACACGCACCCACUGGUGGCCGCAGGGAGGAUGGAGCCGAGUGACGGCAAGUCCCAUCAUCACACUCCACGAAGAAGCCCUUACGAAGGGGCAAACUUCCCUUCGCGAUACAUUGCACCCACCGACAUCUCAUUGACGAGGCACCAGUCGGCCGGGGAAUUUUCCUCCACUUCCCACCACCACCGCCGCCAUCCGUUGUCCCUCGAGCACAAGCAGCACCCCCACCGACUGCUCAAAGCGUCGCCAAAUACCCGCCCAUGUACGCCUCGAAAUGACCUCAUCAUGAUCGAAGAUGCCAUUGCUCCUGCGGGAGAGACCACGUUGGCAGUAGUAACCAAAGGCCGCCGUCGGCCGUAUGCAUGCAGUCCCGCCGGGGGGAUGCUGCCGCGUGGCGUCGGCGCCGGAACAGCUGCGUGAUUAACACACGACGUCCUGUUUGUGUGCAGUAGAGUCGUAGAAUGAGUCUGUAAUGGAGUGAUUGUGUUGUACUA